ACAUUUGUUUAUGUUUUGGUUUAUAUAGCCAGAGUCAAAGCUGGGGACACGAAAAUAAUGUUUUAAUAAAAGCUGCAACAAAAUUAAAAGUGGCUGAACACGGUACUGUAAAAGACCAAAUAUGCCUCAGUAUUGUGCAGUUCCGAUGUGCACGGAAAAAAAGAGAGGACACAAAUUUCCGAGAGAUGAAGCCGUCGCUAAGCAAUGGCUAGUGGCGAUUCGCAGGGAAACGUAUAUCCCUUCAAAAUAUGCCCGAGUUUGCUAUAAACAUUUCAUGCCCGACGAUUAUGCUGUACACAAAGAGCCCACAACAGAUAAUCCUCCUCCUAAACUGAAACCACAAGCGGUUCCUAGCCAAUUUACAUGGAACCAGAAAUCUGAUGAGAAAAAGGAAAUUAAAAGAAAACGCGCUCUUCAACAUCAAAUCAAUCGUGAAAGUGGAAAAAAUGGUUCGAAUAAAAACUCAUGUGAAGAGCCCUAUAAUUUUGACGACUCAAGUCAGGAACUUGAACUAGUGAUUGAUAUGGAUCCACAAACAAGGGAUAUUGGAGUACAAUGCUCUUUAUGCAAAUGUUAAAAGGAAAGAGUUUGAUGGGUGAAAGAAAAACUCAAGAUGAAUUGCAAGUAUUGCAACCAGACAAAUAAUAUUGUAAUUUCUAAAUCGAGCAGGCGAAAUGGUUACAAUAUAAUAUUUGCCAGAGUUCCUGGAGAAGUAUAGAUCAAACAAGUUUGAAGCAUACCAGUUCAGAGUAUAAGAAAAUUACAUCUUAGUGUGUAUUAUAUGUUUAGGAAAACAUUUUUUUGUAAUGAGUAACAGUUGGAGGAGGUUCAAAAAUAUUCUUCAUGAAUGCCAAUUUUAAAACUAGAUGUAAAUACAACAAUGUACAUAUUAUUCAUAGGUCAUUAAAACUUCUUAUUUAUUUUUUAUAACAUAAGUCUUCACCACACUGUUAGUAUAAACGUCAGUUUAUCAAGAGUCAAUGAAACACCAGGUAAAUCAAGAAUACUUGUUUACUUAGACAAACAACUUAGUCUUAAAAUAGUAAGAACAUUAGCCUAUAUAAUAUUUAGAUGUAUCUAAUAGGAAUUUACUACAAUUAACUUAUUCAACUGAAGUAUUACUGAGAUUACUUGUUUCAGCUAGAUAUAUUUUACUAUAACUUCAAUGUGUGAUUUUAGUAUAUUUGUAACAAUAAAAAUACCAGAUUUCAACAA